AAGAGAAAAAUAACAUUUAUGUUUUCCAACAACUAGUCCGGUAACAUAGCCUCGAUCCACUCAGCGGAUAAAAUACUUCAAAGGUGCAACAUUCUCUAACGUCAGAUCCAAUCUUCCCCACUCUUUGUAUCUCCUCAUUCUGAAUACGGCCAAAAAUAAAAAUCGGCCGGUUUACCGUUUUAACUGUCGAAACACAACAUUGAAGGGAUGAAUUUUAUCUGAUCUUUAUCAUCAGAUCGGUGGAAAAUGGUCGGAAAAGCAACAAUUUCUGUGCUUAUCUUGGCUCUCCUCCUUCUCACCACCUCCAUCUUCAUCGCCACCGUUGAUCUCCGAUCCUACUUGUACCCCAUUCUAUCUCCAAGGCCGGGUGGCCGCUUUCCAUGUUCAACGGGAGGAGGUCCUCUCAUGGUCUACAUGUACGAUCUCCCCCGGCGGUUCCACGUCGGGAUGUUGCGGCGUCGGAGCCCGGUAGAUGAGUCGCCGGUGACGGGGGAGAAUUUGCCGCCGUGGCCGUCGAAUUCUGGACUGAAGAAGCAGCACAGUGUGGAGUAUUGGAUGAUGGCUUCGCUUCUGUACGAUGGGGGUGGCGGGAAUGAGACCAGAGAGGCGGUUAGGGUUUGGGAUCCGGAGAUGGCUGAUGCGUUCUUUGUGCCCUUUUUUUCGUCGUUGAGUUUCAAUACUCAUGGGCAUAAUAUGACAGAUCCGGAUACGGAGUUCGAUCGGCAAUUGCAGAUUGACAUACUAAAGAUUUUGAGGGAAUCCAAGUACUGGCAGAGAUCUGGAGGCAGGGACCAUGUGAUUCCCAUGCAUCAUCCGAAUGCUUUCAGAUUUUUUCGGGAACAGGUGAACACAUCUAUUCUUAUUGUUGCAGAUUUUGGACGCUAUCCUAAAGAGAUAUCAAACCUGAGGAAAGAUGUGGUGGCCCCUUAUGUGCACGUGGUUGAUUCCUUUACAGAUGAUAAUUCUCCAGACCCGUAUGAGUCCCGCACCACACUUUUAUUCUUCAGGGGGAGGACAAUCAGGAAAGAUGAAGGAAUUGUUCGUGCUAAACUGGCUAAGUUGUUAGCUGGGUAUGAUGAUGUCAUAUAUGAACAGAGCUUUGCAUCGGGAGCAAAUAUAAAAGCGGUAUGUACAAUAUUAAUAGACUUGUCCACUCAAGGGAUGCGAUCAUCGAAGUUUUGUCUGCAUCCAGCAGGAGACACCCCUUCAUCUUGCCGCCUGUUUGAUGCUAUUAUGAGCCACUGCGUUCCGGUGAUUGUGAGCGACCAAAUUGAGCUCCCCUAUGAGGAUGAGAUUGACUACACACAGUUCUCAAUUUUCUUCUCUGAUAAAGAGGCAUUGGAACCAGGUUACAUGAUAGGACAGCUCCGGCAAAUUCCCAAAGAGAGAUGGGUUGAAAUGUGGAGGCAUCUCAAGUACAUCUCCCAUCACUAUGAAUUCCAGUACCCCCCAAAGAAAGGAGACGCUAUUGAUAUGCUAUGGAGACAGGUAAAGCACAAGCUUCCCAGGGCCAACCUUGAUGUACAUAGAAGCCGAAGGUUGAAAGUUCCAGACUGGUGGGACCACAGGAGAUAGUUUCAGCAUCCUGCUUUCAUUACCUUGUAAAUCACAAAAUCAUUCACAGUGACUACAGUUUUAAAGGGGGAACAACCAGAGAGUUAUAUGCAACCACAGCCGGCAAUACUUGCACAAAUGGUAUAAUGGUUCAUUCUGUUUUCCUUUUUCCCAUCCCAGCAAUUGAGUGAGACUCCCUGUUGUGGGUUCAGUUUCUAGCGAUGAUGCACUUGGGUUAGUUUCUCACCCAGACACAGGCUGAUGCAGCUCAUCUUACACUAUACAGAAGUGAGUGAGAAUUUAAUUAUGUACUGCCUGUGUGCAUCCAUAUUUCAGUGAUGAGCUGUUUCUGACUGAUUGUAAUUGUAAUUUUGGCCAUUUUAUUUGGUCAUUCAAUAGAAAGCGACAAGCCCAUAUUACCUAUGAAAGCCAGCUUUUGUAGUGUGGAGAAGAGCACAUAUUGAUUGAUUUUCAUAAAUAUUUUGCUUGCUGAA